AAAGAGUGCUAGGGACACAGUUGUUGCGGUCAGAGGGCGCUCACCAAUCAUAACGGAAAGUGCUAAACUAUGCAGCUAAGUGAGAUUUGUUGUCUUGUGAUAUGGCUGGGGCUUUUCGCCAGAAUAUUUGGAGACACGACAGUUGGUGAUAUUGAGACGCUUGAUGAGGAACAAUGCAGCAAACCGCGCAAAGGCUGUUGCGAAGAUAUUAAUAUGUUCAUGGAUAACGAAACAAUAGCUUGCGUGUACAUGUUUCAGGAAUUAUUUUCUACUUCUCCGGGGGAAGAAAGAACUCUUAGUAAAAGUAUUGGUGCUUUAUCGUGUGUAAUCAAAUGCGUUUAUAAAAAGCGGAACUAUUUGGUCGAAGGCGAUGAGGAUAUUAAUAUGCAAGGAGUGAAGGAGCAUGUAGAGAAACUUUAUGCAGGUCGUCCCAAAGAGCAGCAAUAUUAUAUUGAAGUAUUUGAGUUUUGUCGCAAAGAUGUCAACGCUUGUCGAAUGAGGGAUCAUACGAUGAAAACUUGUCCAUACUUUAUGUGGGCGGCGAAGAACCGAACGUCAGCAGCACAAAAAUGUAAAGCUGCAAAGGACCAAUGUUAUAAAAUCGAUGAUUUAACACCACCGGAGGCAAAGGAGCUUACACUUGAUUUGUAA